AUGGCGGUGGUUGUGGCGGUGGUUAUGGCGGUGGUUGUGGCGGUGGUUAUGGCGGUGGUUAUGGCGGUGGUUGUGGCGGUGGUUAUGGCGGUGGUUAUGGCGGUGGUUGUGGCGGUGGUUAUGGCGGUGGUUAUGGCGGUGGUUGUGGCGGUGGUUGUGGCGGUGGUUAUGGCGGUGGUUGUGGCGGUGGUUAUGGCGGUGGUUAUGGCGGUGGUUGUGGCGGUGGUUAUGGCGGUGGUUAUGGCGGUGGUUGUGGCGGUGGUUAUGGGGGGGGUGGUUAUGGCGGUGGUUAUGGCGGUGGUUGUGGCGGUGGUUAUGGCGGUGGUUAUGGCGGUGGUUGUGGCGGUGGUUGUGGCGGUGGUUAUGGCGGUGGUUGUGGCGGUGGUUGUGGCGGUGGUUGUGGCGGUGGUUAUGGCGGUGGUUGUGGCGGUGGUUGUGGCGGUGGUUGUGGCGGUGGUUAUGGCGGUGGUUGUGGCGGUGGUUAUGGCGGUGGUUAUGGCGGUGGUUGUGGCGGUGGUUGUGGCGGUGGUUAUGGCGGUGGUUAUGACGGUGGUUGUGGCGGUGGUUAUGGCGGUGGUUGUGGCGGUGGUUAUGGCGGUGGUUAUGGCGGUGGUUGUGGCGGUGGUUGUGGCGGUGGUUAUGGCGGUGGUUGUGGCGGUGGUUAUGGCGGUGGUUAUGGCGGUGGUUAUGGCGGUGGUUAUGGCGGUGGUUAUGGCGGUUGCUGAUCAUUGUUCCACACUUCACAGGCUCCAGUUCAGACGUGUGAACACAAUGUGCCUGAGACCAACACCCUCCUGCUCUUUAGCACCUGCAGCUCUCUGA